AUGGCAGAUGGCAAAAAACAGCGCAGUGCUAGGCUGGUGAAUUUAGCUCUUAAUCAAAUAGAGACAGAUAACAGCUCCCUGAAUACUUCAAAUAGGGAAAACAUUUUUAUUGAAAAUAAAUCAAUAUUUACAGAUAAAGCAGUCAAUGCUGAAGGGUUCCUUAACCCUUUGGUCUAUGUGUCUGAUCAAGCAUCGGAAAAUUCUUCUGUCAAAUCCACAAUUUCUAUCAUUAAAAUUCGUAAUAAAGAUGUACCACGAUCAGAUGAAAUAUUUUGUGACUCCGAAUACGAAUCAGAGGAUAAUUGUCAAGAGUUAUCAAAAUUAACUAAUACCGAUAAUAUACCUAUAAGUGUUUCAGAAUGUUCUGGUAUAUUACGAGAGAUUGAAUCAGAAGAUCAUUAUCAGAUUAACCAAACGGAAACCAACUUUGAAGAAAAAGACUUUUCACCGAGUGAUGAAUCCGAUUUCGAUCCUAACUCUGCUUACAUGAGUGACGAUGACAUUAGCACGGAGGAUGAGUACUAUGAUGACCAGUUAGUUAAAAAACAAAUGCACCGUGAUAAACGUAAGUGUGAAAACACUCAGAACAACAAGAGCAGAAACAUGGUAAGUCGUCGUAAAAAACUCUCUAACAAGAUACAAUGUAAAGAAGAUGAAGUAGUUGCACCGGAAUUGCAGAGAGAAGGUCAUGAAGUUGUGUCAGCGAAAAUACAGAUAGAAAGUCCAGAAGGAGCAUCACCGGAAAUACCGAAAGACAGUUGUGAACAAAGACAUGAUUACAAGAAAAUGGAUGAAAUUUCUCUCGUUGUGAAAAAUGAUCCAUUGAUUCUUGCAUAUGGCUCAAGACUACUUAAGAAGAAAAAAGAAAGGCGAAGCCGAAAAGCGAUAUGUUCUAAAAUGAGAGACUUGGCUACUUUGUUAAUUGUACUCCGUAAAAAAGACCACAGAAUAGAAAUACUAACGGAUGUUUUAGACCCUGAAAAAUAUGACAUUUUUAUCGAUGGCAUCAAAAACAUGUGUGGGUUCGAUGAAGAAACGGGUUUCGUCAAAGUUACAAGUAUUCCAGCUCGAAUGCGGCCAUCCAUUUUGGGAUGUAUUGAUAUACUCUAUACGCGGUCUACUAUGUCAACGGAAUCAACAGCUUACAAAGAUUUGUAUAAAAAAAAGUUGGAUGACUUCAAGCGUCUUGUUGAAAUUAACUGGGAAUGGGAAAUUUCUUCAAAUGCAGAGAAAACUAGAAAGCGGAAAAAUAUGACUAAAGAAAAUAUAAUUCCAUUAGAAGAAGACAUUGCAACAGUCAUGGAAAAAAUACAUAAAUUGGAGGCUAAAUAUGCACAAAGAUUGAGUAAAAAUAGGGAUGCACUAAAUUACGAACAUCUCUGCACCGUAACAAUAGCUCACAUAAUAAUGCUAGAUUGA